AAGCCAGACCUAUCAUUUCUACGCAUCAUUGGUAGCAAGGUCUGGAAAGUCUUCCCACGUGAAGCUAUUCACCAAAGCGAAGAAGGACGCCACCUAGCUCCGAGAGCAGAGCUUGGCUACCUCACUGGAUACACUGGCUAUAGCGGCGCCCAAUAUCGCGUCUAUAGACCAUUUCCUAAUAAGAAAGGAGGCACAAUGCAUGUCGUGAGAGAUGCAAUCAUUGAUGAAGGACCCGAUUGGGAUCUAUACAAUGACCCUGACACCCCGACAACACCUACUAGCAUCCAGCAAGAGACCCAGCCAGCCUCUCCAGCUAUUUCCGGGCCCGUCAACCUCCAUGGCCCUGAUCCAGAGGACUCCGACGACCCCAAAAAUGACGAAUUCUACGUAUUGGACGAGGAUUCAGAUCAAUCCGAGGUCUCAGACGCAUCGGACGUCUCCGACGCCGAUUCCAGAGACCCAAUUCAGCUAUUUUCAACGGCUUCAAGAGCUGAAAAAGCUGAGAUUCAACGCUGUGAAGACCAGUCCACAGUGCUUCUUGCGGAAGCUGCAAUACUCUCUACAGAGAGCUCUCUCCCAGCACUUCCGUCUAUCCAAGACAUCGAGUCUACGCCAGCUCAAUGGCUCGAGUCUCCAACCUCUCUUCGGGAAGCUAAGGCUUCACCGUUCUGGCCAUGGUGGGAGCAAGCUAUGAAGUCGGAGAUCGCUCAAUUUGAGGUUCUCCAAGUAUGGCAACCAGCAUCUCCACCACCAGGGGCCAAGAUCCUCUCGGGUAGAUGGGUCUAUAAGCUCAAGACCGAUGCCAAUGGCAGACCUGCCAAGUUCAAAGCACGUUGGGUGGCCCGAGGUAAUACCCAGAGAGAAGGCAUUGAUUAUGAGGAUGCGUACGCCGCCACCGGCCGCUACGAGACCCUCCGAGUACUCCUUGCAGUCAUCACAUUGAAGAAGCUAUAUUCGACGCAUUUAGACGUCAAUUUGGCCUAUCUCAAUGCGAUUUUGGAAGAGGAAACGUACAUGCAAUACCCCGACGGUCUCGACUUUCAUGGCGUCGAACCUCACGGUAAUGUCUGUCGCCUUCGUAAGAGUCUAUACGGCUUGCGCCAGUCAGCAGCCAAUUGGUAUAAGACCCUUAGCAGCUUCCUCCUUUCCAAAGGCUUCAAUGCCUCAUCCUCUGAUCCAUGUCUAUACGUACGCCACGAGCAAGGGGGUGGAAUUACCAUCAUCUUCGUCUACGUAGAUGAUAUGUUGCUCGCAUCGACGUCUCCAACAACGCUUCAGAGAGUCAAGGAAGCGAUCGCUAAGCAAUGGUCUAUUUCAGACCUAGGUGAAGUCUCUCACUACCUUAGCCUGAAGAUCCAACGUGACCGUGAAGCCGGAAUCAUGAAAAUAGGCCAAAAAGCCUAUAUUGACAAGUUUCCUGACGUCCCAGCAACCUCUCCAAGACCUUUCAUCCCAUUCAGUCCUAGCACCGAGCUUAGGAAAGCCGAUGAACCGGCAAACCGUGAAAACGUGAAGACCUACCAGUCUCUCACCGGUAGUCUAAUUUACGCCAGCACGGUCUCACGUCCUGAUCUCUCCCUAGCGCUUGGGAUGCUCACGAAGCAUAACCUCAAACCCCACGAUCCUCACUUCUCCGCCGUCUACCAAGCCGUCCAGUACGCUAAGCGAACCAGCAACCUUACGAUAACCUACGGACGGCCGAAAACGAGUGGUAAU